AUGGAACUAACACGAAUGAAAGUUGUCUUUUUUGAUCUGGACGGCACGCUGUUUGACCACUACCAUUCGCUGCGCCUUGCGAUAGCCGCCAUACAGAGGAAUUAUAAUGAACUCAAAGAGAAGAAUAUUGAUGAAUUGAUCGACAAGUAUAACCUUGCUCUUCAACAAGCCUAUGAUGCUUACCUAGACAAGGUGAUCGCAUACGAACAGGCCGACGUCCAGAAGAUUCACCUAUUUUUUUCAUCGCUUGGCUUGCCAGAACCCAGCCUUGACGAGGUCCAGAAGUUUCGUGGCACGUACAAAGCAGUUUAUAGAAAGAAUCGGAGGGCAACACCAGGAAGUAUCGAGGCUCUAGCCCGGCUGCGUGAGCAUGGAUACCGCAUUGCCAUCAUCACCAAUGGGCAGGUCGAAGAUCAGACAGCCAAAGCCAAAGCCAUCGGCAUACACCAUCUGAUCGACCGCAUUAUCACUUCUGAGGAAGCUGGAUAUAGAAAGCCUGAUCGCCGUAUCUUCCAAUACGCCAUCGAACAGCUCGGCGCUUCUCCCGACACAGGAUGUUUGAUUGGCGACUCUGCCGACUCGGACAUCAAAGGUGCCUUGGAUGCACAGAUGGUCGCUAUAAUGUACUCCCCUACAGCCCAGAACUCCCAAAAGCUCCUGUUUGGGCAACAAAUACCAAUCAUACGACACAUGACCCAACUCCUAGGCUAUUUGGGCAUCGGCGACCAUUGA